AUUACGUGGACUCUGGAAAGGAGGCAGAUUAUCAAGAGUAAAUCAUAGUGACUUUCUCAUGUAAAGGUUCCAGAAUCUGCUGUGGUCUCGAAAAGCAUUUGUGGACAGUGUGAAGGUUUAUAAUCACAGCUACAUCUACAUGCCAGCUUUCUCAAUGAAGACGGGGACAGGCCCAUCCCUACGUGUCUAUUACACCCUGGAGGACUUCGGUGCCAAGCAGGCGGUCCUUUUUGCCAACCCCAAUUUCCUACGUGACAUUGGCAAGUUCUGGAAGAGCAAAGGCAUCCAUGCUAAACGGCUUUCCACAGGACUUUUCCUAGUCAGUGCUGCCCUUGGUCUGUGUGAAGAAGUAACAAUUUACGGCUUCUGGCCAUUCUCGGUGGACCUGCACGGGAAGUUUAUUAGCCAUCAUUACUAUGACAAUGUCUUGCCCGAUUCUGGAUUCCACGCCAUGCCGGAAGAAUUUCUACAGCUCUGGUUUCUUCAUAAAAGUGGCGUACUGAGAAUGCAACUAGAACCAUGCGAGAACCCUUUAAUCCAGUCUUCUGCCUGAGGAUCCUAGGAGUCGGUUUGGGAGAUCCAAUAGUUUUUAAUUGCCAUGCUCUCCAACAGAGAGUUCUGUUUUCUGUUGAUUCUUUUUAAAGGGAAAAUGAUCGUGGAUCUGCAUGGACCAUAAAAAUGCUACUUGAAGGCCAAAUGGAAUACGUCCUUAAUGUAUAGUGCUUUAUGGAACUGGGGUGGGGGAAAGCGAACCUCUCCAUCGAGUCCAUU